ACGCGGGGCCCGCCAUGGCGGCGCCCACACGGGUGUUCGCGUUCCGGGACGCGCGCUGGGCCCCGGACCCGGUGCUGGCUCCGAGCGCGGCCGUGCGGAGCCCUCAGCCUGUGCCGCUGGUCAUUGACAACGGCUCCUUCCAGACGCGGGCGGGAUGGGGCUGCCCGGAUCCCGCCGUGCCCGCCGAGCCGCUGCUGCGGUUCCGCUCGCUGGCGGCGCGGAGCCGCGGGGCCCGCGGCGGGGCCGGCGCCGAGACCCAGGUGGGCAACGACUUGGGCAGCCCCGAGCCCCUGCGGUGGCUGCUGCGCUCGCCCUUCGACCGCAACGUGCCCGUCCAGCUGGAGCUGCAGGAGCUGCUCCUGGACCACGUCUUCCAGCGCCUCGGCGUCUCCUCGCAGGGUUGUGUUGAUCACCCAAUUGUUCUGACAGAAGCAGUGUGCAACCCUCUGUAUUCAAGGCAAAUGAUGUCCGAGCUCCUCUUUGAGUGCUAUCAAGUGCCGAAAGUGUCCUAUGGUGUGGACAGCCUGUACAGUUUUUACCACAAUAGGAGGCAGAAGUGGCCCUGCAGUGGUUUGGUGAUAUCCUCAGGAUAUCAGUGUACACACAUUUUGCCAGUCUUAGAGGGCAGGCUGGAUGCCAAGAACUGCAAGCGCAUCAACCUGGGGGGGUGCCAGGCUGCCGUGUACCUGCAGCGGCUCCUGCAGCUCAAAUAUCCCGGGCAUUUCGCAGCCAUCACGCUCAGCCGGAUGGAGGAAAUCCUGCACGAGCACAGCUACAUUGCAGAGGACUACAUAGAAGAGCUCCAGAAGUGGCGGUGCCCAGAGUACUAUGAGAACAAUGUGCACAAGAUGCAGCUGCCUUUCUCCAACAAGCUGCUGGGGAGCACUCUGACAUCUGAGGAAAAGCAGGAGAAAAGGCAGCAGCAGUUGCGGCGGCUUCAGGAACUCAAUGCACGUCGUCGAGAAGAGAAGCUGCAGCUUGACCAGGAGAGGCUGGACAGGUUGCUGUAUGUACAGGAACUUUUAGAAGAUGGUCAGAUGGAUCAAUUCCACAAAGCUUUGGUGGAGCUGAACAUGGACUCUGCAGAAGAACUUCAGUCUUACAUCAACAAAUUGAGUGUGUCUGUUGAACAAACAAAGCAGAAAAUCCUACAGUCAGAAGUCAAUAUUGAAGUAGAUGUUGUGGACAGCAAGCCAGAGACUCCUGAUUUGGAUCCAUUGGGCAGUGAACAGUCACUGGAGGAUAUGGAAAGUAUUAAUGAAUUUGAACCUUUGUUUGCUGAGGAACAGCCUGAAGUUGAGAAGCCUGUUGCUGCAGUACAGCCCGUGUUUAACCUGGCAGAGUACCACCAGCUUUUCCUUGGCACUGAAAGAAUCAGGGCUCCAGAGAUUGUCUUCCAGCCCUCCCUAAUAGGAGAAGAUCAGGCUGGUAUAGCAGAAACCAUGCAAUAUGUCCUUGAGAGGUACUCAAAGGAGCAACAAGCUGUUCUUGUCCAGAAUGUUUUUCUCACUGGUGGAAAUAUGAUGUACCCUGGACUGAAAGCCAGAGUCCAGAAGGAACUCCUGGAAAUGAGGCCGUUCCAGUCGUCUUUUCAGGUUCACCUUGCUUCCAGCCCUGUUUUGGAUGCCUGGUAUGGGGCUAGGGACUGGGCAGUGGAAUACAUGAACCGUGAGGAAGGCUGGAUAACCAAGAAGGACUAUGAAGAAAAAGGGGGAGAAUACCUCAAGGAACACUGUGCUUCCAAUGUCUAUGUCCCCAUUCGCCUUCCCAAGCAGGCCCCACGGGCAGCAGAGGUGGCGGCGCCCAGAACACUGGCCUCAGGCACAGGGGAGCAGGGAUAGCCCUGUCCUUGGCACUGACCAGGUGUGCAGGAGGGCACACCUCGUCCCUGGUGCUCGGGAGCACUGGGACUCCAUCCAGGCCCUUGGAGAAGGAGGAGGACAGGCCAUGCUGGCUGUCACUUGGCAUGGUUGGAGUGCUCGCAGAGCGCUCGGUGCUGCUCACGCACAGCAGCAUGGAGAGAGGAAACACCAUCUGCAGUCUCGUAGUAAGACUCAGGGGGUUUUGAGAGUGUAUGUUUUACAGGUUUUUAAAAUUUUAUUAAAUGUCCUGGUUUUAUACUGGUUUUAUUUCUUGAUCCCGCAGCGGGGCUGUAUGGACCAAGGCAGCCCAGCAGGGGUCCCCCUUGCUCAUUGCAGCGAUCCUCUGUCGGGACAUGUCGGGCAGGACCGAGGGGCUGAGCUUGGCCUUCUCUCCUGCUCUAUGGCCUGUUCGAUCUCCUUCGUGCUACAGGCGUUCUGCUAAAGCACCACCCAGUAGGUGGUUUCAUUGAUGUCAGUGAUGAUAUCGAUGACUUGGUUGAAACUGGAGAACUGGUCACAUAAAGACACAACCUUCCAUAAAGCACAGUCCAGAGGGACUGCCAGGUCUUGUGCAGCCCUGGAGUGGUUUUACAGCAGUAGUGCUGAGCAGGGCAGCUCUUUGAUGGGACUGUUUGAUCAAAAGUUGAUUUAGCAAUAAAGCAAACUUUUUGCUUUACCGCUAA